AUGUCGCUCGCAGAUACCCUGCUCGCUGACUUUGACGGGCUGUCCGACGACGAGGUAGCCGCUCCAGCGCCAACCUUGCCACAGAAGCGCGGCCUAGCAGACGAUCUCGGGGAUGACUUGGACGCAGAUGGCGACCUCAAGAUGGAGGACGGGAGUAGCGCGGUCGGUUUCGUUCCGGAUGGUGGUGUGCGGCCUGCUGAGGAGCUCGAUGCCGACGAAGUGGAAGCUACCGACCUCGCCGCCGUGGCGGAUGUGAGCACCGUCGCCAAGCUCAUGACCGGGAACAAGCUCAAGGAGGUGCUCGAGGACAUUAAGCGGUACACUUCCACACCAACGGAUAUGUCAAGCAGCACGGGAGGGCCACUCGAAGAGAACCCCGAGUAUCACCUGGUCGUGACGGCGAACAACCUCAGCGUCGAGGUCGACAACGAGAUGCUCCUCGUGCACAAGUUCAUUCGCGAUCACUAUGGACCGCGCUUCCCCGAGCUCGAGUCGCUCAUCACCGAUCCGUGGACGUACAUCGCCGCAGUGGAGGGUAUCGCCAACUGCGACGACCUCACCAAGGCCAUCCUGCCUGACACGGUUCCCGCCGCCACCAAGCUCUCCAUUACGCUGACGGCCGCGUCGAGCCGGGGACGCAAGCUCGAGCCGGCCGAGUGGGCGACCGUGCAGUAUGCCAUCGUGGUGGCGGGAGAAUUGCGCGCAGCUCGCGAGACUAUCUUCAAUUACGUUGAGAGCCGGAUGAGCGCGGUCGCGCCCAAUAUCUCCGCGAUCGUGGGGACAGGCAUUGCCGCCAAGCUCCUGGGUCUUGCGGGCGGACUGAACGCCUUCUCACGCGCUCCGGCGUGUAAUAUCAUGCUCUACGGUGCGGUCAAGAAGAGCUUGGCGUCCUCACACCUCGCAACGAGCACGCAGCUCCGUCACACUGGCUUCAUCUACCAGUCCUCGCUCGUGCAAGGCGCCCAACCCGAGGACAGGCGGCGCGCCCAGCGCGCCGUGAGUAACAAGGUGUCGUUGGCGGCGCGGAUUGAUGCUGGCAAGAGCUCGCGCGACGGCGGUUUCGGGCGCAAGAUGCAACUCGACCUCGCCAAGCGUAUCGAGAAGAUGGCUGAGCCUCCCCCCUCCAAGCUCACCAAGGCGCUUCCGAUCCCGCAGGAGACGGCGCGGAAAAAGCGCGGCGGAAAGCGCGCACGGAAGCUCAAGGAGGAGUAUGCAACCACCGAGCUGCGCAAGCUCCGCAACCGCGUCGAGUUUGGCAAGGCCGAGGAGGAGACACUGGUGGACGACGAGUUCGUCGGGCAGGGUAUGAUUGGUUCGCAGGGCAAGGUGCGCGGACUUGUUGCCGACAGCAAGAGUCGCGCCAAGAUGAGUCGUGCCAACCGCCUGCGUACGCAGCUGCUUGGGCGCGCGGCUGCCAGUGCGGAUUCUGGGUCGGGCACAUCUACGUCGCUCAGCUUUACGCCUGUGCAGGGUAUUGAGAUCGUCACGCCCUCGCUCAGUGCGGCGCAACGUGUGCAGGCCGCCAACGACCGAUGGUUUGCCAGCGGCACGUUCACCCACGUGCCCCAGAAGAAGAGCACGAUUCCAGGCCAGAUGGCACCGCCACCGCCUCCAUCCAAGUAG